AUGAUUGGGAUCGUUUGGACGCGCCCAUUGGUUGGAUCCAAGCUACGAAUCUUGAAGGGGAUCCUGUCGGGUCAAAACCAAGACUUGAUGGCGCUGUAUUCGGCCCUGGCAUUCCUGUGCCAUCCAAAGAGUCUAUCAAGUAUGACCAUGGGCCCACCGGAUCACCAGCGAGGCCUCUACGAUGUCUUUAUCUCUCAUCGUCACGAAGGAGGAGAAGAUUUGGCACAAGCCAUCAAUCAAGUUGCAACUACAGGUCAUGUUCCCCGAAAAGAAUCUACGAAUCUUUCUGGACGUGUCUUGGAACGCCCAUAUUGCCAGAGCGAAAUCAAAGUAGCCCUGGGCGCCCAGAAGACGAUUAUCCUGGUGCACGAUGUCAAGAAUUGUGUCAUUCCAAAGGCAAGCACGCUGCCCGUGGAAAUACGGCCCGUGCUGGAACGAGUGACCAUUCCGUACUUUCGAGAACAUGCCUUUAGAGAGACGGCCAUGCGAGAAAUUGCCAAGGCAAUGAAAAUAAUGAUCCCUGCAUGA